AUGUUUUAUGGAAAAGUAAUAAAAGCAGGUGAAACAAUAAUCCCUGAAGUUAAAGAUGGAUAUUCCGUCAUUCAUAUAUCAAGAGCUUGUUUAAAUAAUCCUAAGGAAGAUGGCAAGGUUUAUGUUCAAGUAGAAGAUAGUAAAGGAUGCUACAAUAUAUGUUGCUUACAAAAAAAUGUUUGUGAAGACACUUCAUUAGAUAUAUUUUUGAUGUUAGAUACUGAUGUAAAAAUUAAAACAAGUGGAAGCAAAAAUGAUGUUCAUAUUGUUGGUUAUUAUGAAGUAUCAUUUGGACAAGAUAAUAUGGAUGAAGAUGAGGAUGAAUUUGAAGAUGAAGAUGAAUAUGAAAAUGAAGAAGUUAGAAUGUUAACAAAAAAAAAUACAUUGAAGAAUUCUUUAUCUAAUGGAAAUGCUAAAAAAAAAAAAGAUGUUGAAGAUAAUGAAGACGAUGAAACAAAUGUAGGAAAAAAUGAUGAAGAUGAUGAUGACGAUGAAGAAGAUGAAGAUGAAAAAGAUAAAGAUGAUGAAGAUGAAGAUGAAGAUGACGAUGAUGAUGAUGAUGAUGAUGAUGAAGAUGGUGAUGAUAAAGACGAUGAUGAAGAUGAUGAAGAUGAAGAUGAAGAAGAUGAUGAAGAUGAAGAUGAUGAUGAAGCAGAAGAUGCUGAAGAAAAAGAAGAUGAAGAUGACGAUGGGGAUGAAGAAGAGGUAACAAAAAGCAAAGGUGAUAAAAAAAAAAAUGAACAAAAAAAAAGUGGAGGUAAUAAAAAUAAAAGAGCUUUAGAUAAUAAAAAUGAAGGUCCUUCAAAAAAGUCAAAAUUAGAUGAUGAGAGCCAAUAUGAAAAAGAUCUUGUAGCAUUUUUAAAAAAAAAUGGAAAGAGCAAAUUAACUGAAUUAGGAAAAGUAAAAAGACCUGAAAGUGUUAAGGUUAAAUUAGGAUUUUUUAUCAAAAAACGAACAAAUGUUUUUAAAUUUGAUAAAGAUGGACAAACAGUAUCAUUAAAAUAA